AUGACGGGAGCCUCCGCCGGAUGGCACGAGCCACGCGCUCAUCACCAAGCGUCAAGAAAGAGAAUCAACCGCGUUUUCACGGUUGAACGGGCGCCACUCGGAUAGACACUGACAAGGGUUCUUGGUUUUUCCGGAUAUCGGGAAAUCGAGUCUUCAGAAAAAAGAGCCGCUGUGGAAGAUUGCACCUAGCCUCUGAAGAAUGUCCAGAAAAGGAAGGUGACUUCGUCGAAAUUUUAAGAAGACUCUGAACUUCGGAUAUGAGCUGAAUGAAAGAUAGGGACAAAAGUUCAGAUUAUGCGUUCAGACUUAGGUUCCUAAUGCUUGCUUGCGCAAGUAGUUUCAGGUCGGUCACAUCGCCAUAGUUGCCAUAAUUCGUGCGACCAAGUGUAUUAAGAAUUUUUGUAAAGUUCUUGAAUAGAGCUAGAGAGAAGGAGGGCCUUUGGUUAAGCCUAUUUGAACGCUAAAGGCAGCUCUAGUGUUGAACCUUAGGUUUUCAAUGCUGGUUUGCGCAAGCCGUUUUUGGUCGGUUGCUCCGUUUCAUAGAUAAGGAGAGCGUCCAAGGAACGCAAGAAUUUAAGAUUUCCGAAAAAAAAAACACAAUGAACAUUUUUUUAAAUAGAUUCAAAAGGGAAGAGAGCCGACAUUUUUUUUGACAUAGAAACGGACUCUAAAAAUGUCGAGCUGUGUCUUCUUUGGAUUCUCGGAGCUUAUGUUGAAUGUGUGUGUGGAAAAAGUGAUGAGAGAAGAGAUGAAUCAUUAAGUAUGAACAGAAUGUUUGAGGGAGAAAAAAAAAGAGAGGGCAGAAGAGGGUUCGAAGUUCUAAGAUGAAACAUGAGGACUGGAAAGUUUGAUAACUAUACAAUAUUUUAUAAGUUUUUGAGGUUGAUAUUAACGGAUAUUUCUGGAGGAUCUAAGAACCUCAAUUAAAGAAGAGAAACCUCAUAACCUUCUGAAAAACAGCCGAUGGAAACAUUUAAGAACGUCGUGACUUUGCUUUUUGAUGUUUCAAAAAGUGAAUGGCCACUUCACACAAAUACACUCAAAAUCUGUCAGCUGUAGUGAUGGAAUCAAUCGGAUCUCUGUGACAAAUUGUUUGGGAAUGUCAAUCUAAUGGGCACUUUGAAGGGUUUCGUAAAUAACAACAGAGGGAAGCGCUCGGAAAAAUUGGCUUGGAAAUUUGAAAAACUAAUUUUUAUCAGUUCAGUUGAUAUUGAUUGAAAUAAAAAAGUUUAUGAAUGAAUAUUUUAAUUUCAAAGUAUACGAAAGGCUCACAAAUACAGAACCAGUAAUUAUUUAAUUUUGUUAAAAAAAUGAGAAUUGAAACAGGAAAGUAUUGGAAGGUUCUUUUUCUCCAUAUCCCUCUAUAAAAAGUGUUCUAAAAACUUUCAAAUUCUUUAUUAAAUUUUAUAAAGUUUCUAUAUUUUUUUACCAAGCACCUUUUUGCGAUUCCUCGAGGUUUAUUUUUUUAAACGAAAUCAUUCUUCUUUCAGCUAGGCUAAUAGUUGUUUCUACAUAAAUUUUAUAAAAAAAUAGGAUUUUUCAGGAUGGAAGCGAUCAAACUGAAGACGAAUUCACGAAACAAUCCGUUGACAAGCUUUUCGACGGCUGUGAGACUUUGACCGAAGCCAAGUGAGUUUUAAUAAUUUUCAAGCUUCAAAACGAACUCCAAAAGCAUUUUUCAAGCUGAAAACAUCACUAAAAAGCAGAAUUUGUUGAUAAAAUAAGGUCUAAAGUAUUCAUAAACUUUCGCACGCCCAAAAAUCCUAUAGAAUCAUGUUGUAGUUGGCUAUUUUUGCAUUGUGAAUAAUCAGAAACCUCUGAUAAAAAAUAUUUAUCUUUCUAGAGAUCAUUUGAAGGUCAAAGUAUCAGAAAAAAAGCCUGAGGAAUAAAUGAAAAAUAUAGAAAAAUUGGCAACCCUUAUAAAUAUAAAAUUCAAGAUUAUUUGAAAGCCGGAAAAACAAAUAAAUUUUCCCCGGAAAUGUCUUUUAAUCAACUCGAUUUGCUGUUAAGUUUUACUCAGAAGUGGAGUUUUCUGCAGGAAAUUGGCAAUAUUUUUGGGAUUUUAGUCUGGAAAAGAAAGAGGAGAGAGAAGAGAGCCCAGACAGGUUAGACUGUUCAAAAAUCGUGGCGGAUAGAGUGUGAAGUUAUUGUAAGAACUAUUUAUUAUAAAUCAAAUAACUGAUUUUUUUGUCAAACACUUUAAUUUUAAAAAAAUUGUGAUUGAUUUUUUUGUGGACAUUUGGAGAUAUUGAGACUGAAUAAAAAAACAAAUUUUUUUGAGCUUAUUUGAAAUAUUUUUUUGAAAAAAAGGAUUUAGAUGUAUACAGUCAUUUUUAAAGGAUCAUGACUGAAAGAAGUUAAAUCAGGUUUUUUGAAAAAGUUUAUAUCCUAGUUUCUUUUUCUAAAUGAUAAACUUUAAAGAAGAGAAUCCAGAGGGAAAAAUUUUUGAAGACUAAGAAAAAAAUCUUUAACGCUUCAACUUUUUGAUUUUCUUUUUUUACUGAGAAAAAUUAUGGACAAGAGUAUCUUAGUUAGUUUCCCAAAAUUAAUUAAACAUUAAUUUGAAAAAAUUCUCAAAAAAAGUUCGCUGGAAAAACCAUGAGGAAAGAACUGUAGAAAUUCUCAGUUUUCAAGAACCCUUUGGGAAAAAAAUCAAGGAAAGAAGAAAAAAAGAGCAAGAUUGGCGAUUCAGAUACUUGAUGCAACACCUGUUCGACUUGUGUCUCGAGAAAGCUUCAAACGCCGCCAAAACCCACGCCGAGAACAAGGUGAUUUCUAUUUUUGAGCGGGAAAAGAUCGAAAAAUAGGUGGAGAGUGGGUGAAAAAUUGAUAGGAAAGCUCUAAGAAUUCGCAAGUUCGUUUUCAGGGAGUUUCAGCUUUAAAUUAAAGUGAAUGUGGAACGAAAAAAUUAGUUAAUGGGUUGAAAAUCGGAGGAAAACGGAUAAAAAAUGAUUGAAAAAUGGAAAAUUAUUCUUUUUGGAAAGAUUCAAGUUGAUUUUCGAGUUAAUUAUAGGUAGCUGAGGUCUCAGAAAUGGUUCUAAAGUUCAAAAAGAGCAAUUUACAGAAAACAUCUCGAUGGAAAACGUCUCAAAAAUGGCUAUAUUUUCAGCUUUUUUGAGCAAAAAUUUAUCCAAUUAAAUCGAAAUUACACGAGUUUUCUACAACAGAAGCUUGAAUUUGAACAGAUUUGACUUGAUUCAAGUUCUAAAAAUUGCUCUUGACGCUCGGAUUUCUGUAAAAUAGUCAAAAAUAAAACGGCUCGAAAAGCUAUAUUUUAAAAUUUUCCUUCGAAGUCGUAUCCAAUUUUAAUGAUAACCAAAAAUUACACCGCUUAAAAAAUCCGAAAAAGUUCAUCCCAACCAACUAGCUAACCUAAAUACUUGGAGUUAACUUCCUCGACCUUGACAAAUUUGUUGAUGUUACUGUGAGAAAAAUCAACAAAUUGGUCUAUCUUCAACAACAAAAACAAGGAAGUUGGCGAAUUUGUUUAUGAGAUUUUAACAGAGAUUAAAAGAAAAAAUUAGGGCGAACUGUUUGGGAAAAGAUUUUGUCGGUUUCAGCGGAAUUUUGAGUCGGAAACACAGUUCUUAACUUCAAAAAUAGGGUUUUUUUCAAUUUCUAUGUUUUCUGAGCUUUGAAAAGCCAAAUGACUCAAAAAAAGGCUCGAGAGAAGGAUCAAGAACAUUUUUUGAAAGCUUCAUUACGCUCCCCAGUGAGAAAUAAUCUUGGAAAACCUCUUUCUGGAGAUUUUUCAACAGAUUGAAACUUCAAAAGCCGAAUAGGGCUAGAAAAAGCUCCAGUCUCUGUUUUAGUGAAAAAAAUUGAUAUGAGAUCUUUUCUGAAAGAUUCCUACUGAUUGAAAAAAUUUACAACAGUUUGAACCUUUAAAAGGUGAAUAACGUCAAAAAAGCUUCGGUCUCUUCCUUCAGGGAAAAGGUUAAUAAAGGACUUUUUUCGGACAAUUUUCAACAGAAUGAAUUUUUUCAAGCCAAAGAAGGCCUGUUUUAGUGGAGAAAAUUGAUAAAAGAUCCUUUUCUGAAUGAUUUUCAACAGGUUGGAACCUUAAAAAGCCGAAUGAGGCAAAGAAGAGCUCCAGUUUCUCUUUUUAGUGAAGAAGGUUGGUAUGAGACCUUUUUUGGAUGAGUUUGAACAAGUUGAAGCUUUAAAAGUCAAAGAAAGGCCAGAAAAGCUUCAGUUUCAGUGAAGAAAAUUGAUAAAAGAUCCCUUUCUGAAUGAUUUUCAACAUGUUGAGACCUUAAAACGCCAAAUGAGGCAAAGAAGGGUUCCAGUUUCACUCUUCAGGGGAGAAUAUUAAUAAAAAACCUCUUUCUGGAUAUUUUUCAACAAAUUGAUCUUUUUUCAAAGCCAAAAAGUCAAAGAGAACAAUGAGGCCCAAAGAGGAUAAAAGAGAAAAUAAUUGGACUGGCUUUCGGUCGUUCGAAAAGAAAACGAAGGAAAAGAAAAGAAAAAUCACGCGGCGACGGCGGAGCCGUGGGAAUGGGCGUGGCUUCUUUCUUUCCAAAGGGGAAGAGCUUCGAUGUCUCUUCGCGCAUUAAUCCUCUUUUCGAGAGCAAUUUCAGGGCAUAUAUGGAUAGAGUUCUCCUUUUUUCCUCUUCUGAUUUGGAAGAAGAAAACGGCGAGAAAAUGGUUCAUUAAUGCGUUCUCUUAGUGUUUGACAAAGAUCGCUAAGAAAGUUUUUGUAGUUUUUUUUUUAGGAUGUGUAGUAACUGCUAGUUGGUUCUAGGAACUACGAACUUUUGAUGGCUUAAAAUAGAGGAGGGAGAUCUUUGGAAAAGAGAAACAACUUUUUUUUGGCCAUGGAGCACAUUUGGUGUAUAUUUUGAGCCUUUUUGAGAAAGGAAAAAAGCCGAGAAGAUGCGAAAAAUGAGGCUUAGAAAUAAGCUUUGCCAGUUUCAUCAGAGCGUAUUUUUCAUGUACUUUGAGCCUUUUUCAAUUUGAAGAAAAAAAAUCAUCCUAACUGAUUCAAAAAUGGUUUUUUGUCCAUAGAGCGCAUUUGUUGCUGUAUUUUGAGCUUUUUCGACAAGAAAAUGCAGGAAAUGAAACUCAGAAGUAUAAUUUGCUGUUUUUAUCAGUGGAGCGUACUUUUCAAUAUUUUUGAGCCUUUUCUUAUUUUGAAAAAAAAAUCGGUAUAACUGGUUCAAAAAAUGAAUUUUUUCUGUCCAUAGAGCGCUUUAACAUCAAAUCUUAGGCUUUUUCUUUUUUCAAGACAUUCAGACGUGAUAUUUUAUCAUACUGGAUGAUGAUUAGGUUCAGAAAAAACACGCAAAUUUUGAAGAAAACUAUUUUUUUUUUCUUGGUUUAAAGUUUUAAAGUUUUUGAUUUUACAGAUUUUUGAAUAUUUUUUCAAGCCUGUCGCGUAAAAUUCAGGAGUUUUAUAAAUGGAGCAUAUGUGUUAAUGAAAUUUGAGCCUUUAUUUGAACUAAAGAACGCCAGACCCGGAAAUAAGUGUAGAUGAAUCACUUUUAGACAGCUGGAUUCUAAAAAUAAACUAAAAUGUUUCAAAAAUAGACCUUUUUUGGUUUUAAUUGCCCGUGGAGCACACUCGUCGCCGAUUUUUGAGCCUUUUUUGAACGUCAUCUCUCGAUUACACCUAUUUUUUUAAUAUUGAAAAAAAAAUCCCGUUUUCCUGAAUGAUGUAAGCUUCAUUAAACGCAAUUCACAAACGUUGCCUAGGCUCUUCUUUUUUUUUCCCAUUUCCAUAGAACCAAAGAAGAAUUGUCAACAAUCGUCUAGCCAAAAACAUCAAUUGUUGUUUGUGAGAGUGUGCGUGUUGAAGGGGAAUGAGUUGUGGAAUUGGAAUGGAAAAAGUAUCCCGAUUUCUUCCUAGAACAACUCGGGCGACUACAAAAUUUUGAUUUCGGUUGUAGUUUCAGAAAUAGGAAUAUAAAAAGUUGGGCAAAAAAUUGGUUGUAGACUAUGUGGGCGUUACAUACACCAAAUCAGACUUUUUUUGGAUCCGGAAAGUCCCAAAAAAUUUCUUGUUCAUUUUUAUUUUGAAUUCCCGCUGUAGAAUGACUAGACGCGUUGCGGUCGUGGUGCGGUUCAAAAUAAAGUUUUUUGAAGGCCGCGAAAGUCGUUUCACGGUCGGUUGCGAGUUGGACCUUUUUCAAAACAUAUUGGCAGAAAUUUCGUCGACAUUUGUGCUCUACGGAGAAUCCACCCAAUAUAAAAUUUUUUUCAAAGUUCAAGAAAAGGUCCAUAGAAAUGAUCGGUUUCAAAUUUUAGUCGAAAAAUCCCAAUCAAUUGGAUCAUUCUCCGCGAAUGUAAUUAGAGAAUACGACGCCUACGUUCUUUUUUUCCAUGUUGAUACGACCUUUGGCAAGAUUUGAAGCAAUUUGAAAGGAAGAAUGGCGUAGGCGAAUUCGAGAAAAAAUGUUUCGAAAGAAUGGCUUUUUGGUCGGUUUUUGAUGCUAACUUUCGCUUCGAGGUGAGGAUAGAAUGGAGCGUGAGUCUUGGCUGGUCGGUGGCAGUUUAAAUUUUUUUUUUGUUUAUUAGAUAACUGAAACAUAUGAGAUGUGAUGUUGGAAUAUGAAAAAGGGAAAAUUAUCCAUAAAGCACACUUUCUGCGACUUAUCAAGACCAUUUUCAACUAUUUUUCUUGAGAUAGAGCCCUGAGCCAUUCUGAGCGAAAAUACACUCUUCAGAGACUAAAAAUUUGCUUUAUUCCUGGAGAACAUGAGUGUCGAACUUUCCAAGUCCCAAGCUAAAGAUUCUUUUUUUCGAAUUUAUCAGCCCGACCAAAGAAUAAAUGUCGGAUCACAUCAUCUUCCUCGUAGAAACACGCCAAUUAAUUUAAUUUGCGAGAAGCUUUUGAGAAUUGAGAAGUGUCACGCGAGGGAGUUUGGAAUCGGAAUAAUAGCCUUGGAAGCAAGGCGAGAGAAAGGAAAGGAAAAAAGUGGGAGCUUCUAACUUGGCCUCGGUGGUGCCAAAAGCUCCAGGGAGCAACACAAAGUGAAGCAAACAGACAUACACGGGGGCCAAAACGGAAAGAUUUGACGUCGAGAUGGGCAGGUCGCGUCUUCCUUUCGUCUCUGCAAAACGAACGGACGUUUGAGCCGAAGAUUUAUCGACGAAGACGGAACGAACAAAUUUGCAGAAGAAGUGGAGAAAAUUUCGUAGAAAUAGCUGCACGAAAUGGCACCGAGAUUAGAACAUCUACGCUCUAUGGCUAACUUUCGGAGGAGAAAGCAGCUAGGAAAAGAGCAGGGCAAAGGAAAAUUCAAGUUCCAAGGCUAUCAGUUCUGGAAGAAGAAUUUACCAAUGAUUCAAGAAGAAAUAGCUGCGCAAAAGAGCCCUUGACGGUAUCAUUUGCGCUCCAAAGCUAACUCUCGAGAAGAAUCAAAAGACAGAAAUAUUAAACUGGCGAAAAGAUUCGUAACAGAACAUUAGUGCUCUAUGGCUAGUUUACCUAUACAGUGAAUUUAGCCAAGGAAAAAUAGCCGAAAAACGCUCCAAGGCUGAUUUUUGAAAAAAGAAAGGGCAGAGGAAUAUCUGGACGAAAGGCUCAAUAACAGAACAUUACGGCUAACCAAAAUAAUUGAAUAAUUUGCGCUCCAAUGAGAAUUUAAAAAAAAAAGAGAAUGAGCCGUGAUAGGCAAGUUCGAGCUCUCAGGCUGAAAGUCGGAAGAAAGAGCUAGACAAAAUGAGCUCAAAGAAAAAGCUCUGCUUUGCUCAAAAAUCACACUUUUCUCAAUAGACCACUGAAAACCUAUUUUUGUACUCGGCUAUUUCAGUUCCUUUUCUAGACGUAAACAACACCUCGAGGAUGGAUAUAAAAAUACACACGUGUCCCGCCCAUCGAAAAACCCUUAAUGGGAGCAAUUUGCAACGGCUUUUCCAGCCUUUUUGACGAGAACCUCUCCUCAGUCGCUUUAUUUGGAAGCCGUCCGGAAAGGGUCGAAAAUAGAAAAAAGUGUGUGUCUCGAGUUCCGACAGGAAGCGGUUUUUGGCUUUUGAUUGCGAGAAGAGGGGAAGGUUGGUCAAGUUCCGCGUGAGCCAUAAUGAGACAUUUUGGAUGCCAUUUUGGUCGAUUUUGAGGAAAUUAGUCGAUUUGGACCAACUUAAAACACGGUAGACGGUUUCACCGGAAAAUUCGAAAAAUGAGGAAAGGGAAAAAUUUUCUGAGCUUUUAGCGGUGAUUUUGAGUGUCUAUUUGAAAUUUUCAAACUUUGGGGGGAAUACUUGAUUUGGACCGACGUAAGAUACCGCGGACGGAUUUGGCUGGAAAUUUAAAUUAUGAAAGGUGUCGUCAAAAUUGGAAAAAGCUUCUAACGGUGCUCCCAAGAGUCUACGUUUUCAGAUGAACGAACUCAAAAUCCAAAAAGGUGGCUGAAUAAUUUUAAUAACUAUAAGAGAAGAAUAUUGGUCAAGUCAAAGCGAGUCCCAAUGAUGAUGAGAAUUUUUGGAUGACAUUUAGACUUUUUGAAUUCCGAAUUUUGAAGAAAUUCUCAUGGCCAGUACUGUGAAUCUAAUGAAAAAAUCUUUUUUCUUAAUUUUGAAUCCGCCCGAGAGAAAUUUCUUGAGUACAAUUUUCGUAGAAAUUCCGGAAGAUUUGUAGUUUCUUGAUAUUGUUAUUGCCAGUUUUUUUUUAUUUCUGCAGACCUAUUCUUUUAUUUUUGACUUUCGAAAGUGAAAAACUCAAGGGAUCACUUGAUAUUCCAAAAGUGCUUUGAAAAACCAAAGACUGAUGCAGGAAAGUCAUGUGUUGAAAGUUGUUUUGUUUCGAAAAUCUCAUGGAUCAGAUCAUGCGGAUCAUGUAUCGAUUCGAGCUCAUCCAGGUCAAUUUUUGUUGAAAAAUCAUCUUUUUAAUGUAUUUUCAAAUUUUGGAGGCGAAAACUUGAAACUUGAGUGAGAGAAUUUUCUACUUUUCUUGAUGAAAAAACUUACCAUCAGUUACCAUCAACUUACCAUCAGGAAGAACCAGUUAGUUUUCAUGUCUAAGUGGUCACUUUAGGGGUCUAAAUGUUGAGUUUUAACUCCUAGUGAAGUUAGUAAUUAUCGUAAGAGUCUAACGAAGAAUUUAAAUCUCAAGUGAUCUCUUAAGAAUUCAAGUAGAGCUCCUCCCGAAGUCAAAGUCAUUCCCAGACGUUGAUUUUCUGUUUUUCGAAAACUGCUGCUCAUAAUUCAUGAGUUUCGACGACGCGUACCGAGUUAUUUGCUUGUUUGACCUUUGGCGAAGGGCAAAGAAGCACUCUGGUUCAAGAAAAACAAGCCUUCUCCUAUUUAUUUUUGAAAGAGAGUUUGGUUGUGAGGUUGGCCGUUUAAAAGGGGGAAAAAGAGUUCUUGAGAUGGGGUUCGAAGAGUUUGAAGCGUGUGAAAUGUUUUUUGGGAAGAGGUUUUUGGUCCGUGAAACUGAGGGAAAUAGAGAUUACGUGAGCUCGGACAGAAUAGCCUCGAUAGAUCGAAGAUUCUCCGCUCCGUUGAUAAAAUUUCGGUUCUCUGGAGCCUUGAGAAUAGCUGCGCAGAGGAGUUUGGAAGAAAUAGCCUCGAGAGAAAAUAUCUGCGCUCCAAGGCUAAUUUCUUCCAUUUUUCUUUAAUAACCAUCAGAAGCCAGAGAGAAUGGCCAAUUUAAGCCAUCUAUUUCUGCGCUCAAUGAAAAAUUUUUUCAAUUAAUUAGCUUCAAAAAAUGACGCCAUUCCCUUGAAAAAAGAUAUCCUUUUUUGACAUGUCGAAAAAUGUCAUCAACAGCUUUCCGAACGUGUCAAGUGCACUGUGAACGAGAUUUUCGAAUCUGAAAUUGGAUUUUUGACUAAAAAAAGUUGCAACCUUAUUUUGUGUCCCUUGAACAAAAAAAAGAAAUGAAUGGAGACCGAAGAUUUCUGAAAAUGAAGUUUUUCUCAGCCUUUUUGGCUUUUUUUGCUGAAGAAGUGGAGAUGAGAAAAAAUAGCCGCCGUGACUUUGAGAUUGGGCGCUCUAUUGAUAAUUUUUCCUAGAAAUAAUGGACUUUGGAAAAUGAGAAGGUUUUUAUUUAGGCCUUCAAGGAGUAAAAAGAUCAAUUUUUGAAGCUAGUGUUUUUUUUACUCAAUAAGUUCAAAGAGAAAAUCACUUAUCAGCAAGGUUAUCGAGAAAAAAAAGCCCAUGAAGCGUUUUCAGUAUCACAAGUACAUAUUACCAAACGGAGCUCGAUAAUUAAAAUUUCUUAGUUCUGGUAGUUUUUUUUUUGGCUUUUCUCCAAGUUCAAAAAACCACAAAAUGAAAAAAAAAGCGGAAAAGAGGCUCCUGACUUUGACUUUGAUGAACGAUGGGCGGGCAGAAAAGUGAACUCAACCCGACUUGACGAGAGAGGGGCAAAAGCUGGAAAACUGAAGAGAAUCAUUCUUUUUUCUCCUCCUCUCUUUCUCGUUGCUGGGCGGUCCUUCGAAUAACAACAACCGGAGAGCCAUAUAUUUAUGUGCUCCUUUUUUGGGCACAUUUAUAUCGUUUCGAAGGCCAUUUUCAAGAAGACGAAGAUGCGCCAUGGCGAAUUGUGUUACUCGGCGCCUGUUUAUUGCCGUCGAAAGCCCUUAUGAAUGGUGGAAAGUGACGUUUUUCCAUUGGGUGAAUAACAAUAUUUUGGAUGGCCGCAGGUCAUUGAAGAUGGAUGAAAGUGGGGUGAACGAGAAAAUAGCCGCCCAACUUUGAUAAGUCUCGCUCCAAGGAUAAUCCAUAGGGUUCCAUAGCAAUUUUGGACUGUUUUGUUGGCUUUUCAAGUGGGAAACGGAUCAAUAAGGGAAAUCGAAUUUUUAAUAAAAAAUUAUGGUUGAUUGAGAAGUGGGAAUUUCUGGUAGAUUUUCUAUUUUUUUCUAGCAAAGACUUUUUUUUUGACUUGAAAGCUGAUGGGAAGGGUAGAACAGCAACAGUGCUCUAUGGAGAAUCAAAAAUUAAGUUUUGAUAACUUGCCAAGAACAGUUCAGUGAGAUUUGGAAGAAGCUAAUCAAUCUGAUCAAAAAUUGGUUUGCAAAAAUAAUUGACUAAACAAAAAAAAAAGCCCAAAAAAAUCUUCAACUGAGUUCUGUGAAUGGGAUUUUGAAAAGUUCAUCUGAAAAUUUUGAGCAAAAUCUGAGAAUCACUUCAAGAAGCUCUGUGAAAUGUUCUCUAUUCGAUUUUUUCAUAAAUGACAAAUUUUUUUCGAUGAUUUUCCUUGAGAUAUAUCGUCAGGCUUCUUAGAAAAAGCGGAUUUGAAGGUCAGGGGAGCAGGACUUUUGUAUUUGACCGUAUGAAUUUGAUUUUUUUUCUUUUAAAGAACAUCUUUGAUUUUUAAGCCCUCUUAAAAAGAGAAUCGAGAAAAAGCAGAAAACGAAAUUUUUCUCUAUUAUUAAGCUCAGCUUAAGUCACUCUGUGGCCACAGAUCUGGAAAGUUUUUGAUUUUCACAAAUUUUAGAAUAUGGAUCACACAAAUAGCCCGAGGCUGCCCCAUUUACCUCAAACUACACACCCAACUUUGGCGACUUCCUCAAUCUCAGACAACGAUUUUUUUUUCCCCUUUUCCUUCCUUCAUAAGCGUUCAGUAAGCAGCCGUUGAGCCGUAAACAUACAUCCAUUUAUGUCCAAGAUCUAGGACAACAAAAAGAAAGUUCAAAUUCGAAAAAAGAUCUGUAGGAAUAAAAAACUAGAGCAAAAUAUAAUAUCGAAAUUUUUGAGAGAAAAUAGCCGUUAUGCUUUAAACUAAUGCGCUCCAUGGAUAGUCUGACUCAUAAACGGUAUUUUUGGGAUCACCGUGCUCCAAAUAAGCCGAUUUCAGUUUAGUGUGUCUUAAAUUAAGACUUCAUUCACAAAUUCCUUCAGAUUUACAAUCAGACACUUGGACUCCCCACAAGAAGCUUUACAUGUGAGACAUUUUUUAUUCGGAUUCUCUAUGAAAUCAUGAUUUUCUUAGACUUUCGAUGAUGUGUAUGGCUUCUAUAGAACUCCUUAGAAAUCGAAAAAGGAAAAAAAAAUGGGAUGAAUUGGGUACGGAUUAGUGGAAUAAUGACGAUUUUCUAUGAAUAGGUAAAGUAAUACACAAUUUAUAUUCUUUUGAUCUUAGCUUUUUUAGAGAAACAUCUGCAGAACCGAAAAAUCGAAAGAAGGCCAAAAAAAUUUUUAAAAAAAUUUCCUUGUGUCGCAAAAAGUUGAGCCUUUUUCAGCCUGAAUCUUGAUAAUAAUUGUAAAAAUUGCGAGCACAGAAUUUCAGUUUUUUUAAAAAAAUACACUAUUCUUCAGAAAAAGUUGUCUUUGAAGGAUUUGGAGCAAAUUUCUAACAAGGCGUACCGAAAAAAAUUGGAAUUUAUCAUUGGAGCGCAUAGUAUGAUUCUUUUUAGAGCUUCACUUUGAUAAAUAUUCAAAAAAAUCUUCAUUGAUAGAUUUUUUACUGCUUUCGACCUGAAACUUCUGGAAUGCAAUGUGAAACAACAAUAAAAAAAAUUAAUAACUUAUUUAACGGAAAAGAUCUCGAAAAAGCGAACUAUUGUAAUAAAAUUCGAAGCGAAAUGGAAGCCAACAGCGCCAAAUGAAGGAAAAGCGGCCUUUUCGAAAUGUGCUUUUGGCCUUUGUAAACAGAUUUCCCCGGCGUUGUUUUGAGACGUCGGAAGGCCAUUGGAAGAAGAAGAAGAAGAAGGAAAAGAGGGGCUUCUCGCGUUUCCUCAUUUGGGAAAUGAAAGCUUUUCUCGGAGUGCUCCGGGUUGAUCUUGCCAGUUUUCCGUGGCGUCACCGAUUUUUGUAUUUGGGAGAAGUCUUGAGAAAAAGCAGUUGAAAUUCGCCUGAAUUUUUGAAAAAGUCAACAGUCAGACGUGAAAGCUGAACUUCAGUAACGCAAACCGGACGCGCUGGGGGCAUUUCUGAGCAGUUAUAGUGACCACUUAAGCAAAGCCGCUAAAUUGGUUACUAGAAAGGCUCAGAAGCGUGUUUGGUUAGCGUUACAAAAAAGCUUUUAAAAAAUUGCCAUUGGAGCGCAUAAGCUCGCAGUUUACAGCUUAUUUUCAUUGCAAAUUGCUGAAGAUUCUAAAAAAUGAGGCGGAAAAGUCGGACUUUUUAAAAAAUCAGAAAAUCGGUAGCAGUUACUGGAAUUUACGACGGAGCAACUGCAUAGUUCAUCGAAACGAAAUUCAUAAAAAAAAAGAAAAAUUUUCAUAUAUUUAAGUGAAAGAAACCUUUUUUUUGAAGGCAAUUUCGAAAAAGCCAGCUCUAAAAAACUGUUAUCAGUGAUUUUGAGCGAUAUGGAGGGCUUUUUAAAUUUUCAUUCACUUUUUUAUCCAAAAAAAGCGAACUAUAUAGCUCCGCUGAAAAUAAGAAAAAUGCCUUAUAUUAUCCUUAGAGCGCAUUGCGGCUAUUUUUUCCUUGCUUCAUUUUUUUUUUCAAAUUAAUCUUUCGAGUGGUACAGCUGAAAUAGAUUAGUGGAACUGCAUUUGGUUGAUGAGAUUUUUUUUUUUCGGAUUUUAUUGAGAUCGUUUUUUUCCCAAGAUUACUGAAUUAUAUUUGGGUGGGUGUAGAAGCCUAAUGGAUUGGAUUGGAUUGGAAAGAGAUGGAUUAGGAAAUGAACGGAAUUUUAUUUUUUUUGGAGCUGUUAUUCCGGAUUAGUGUAAGUUGUAAGGGGAGUCGCGUGAUUUGACUAUUUUCAAGAGGAUUUGUGGGGUUUGGAAAAAUAAUUUGUGAAAAAACGGAACUCAUGCUCUAUAAUGAUAAUUUUGGGACGUUCUAAAAUUUACAGUCAAAAUUAGGUGCUAUUUGAUGCGGCAUUUGCGCUCCAAUGAUAAUUAUGUGGAGUUCUAGGGGUUCGUCUAGAUUCGGCUGUUAAAAUUCAACUUGUGCGCUCCAAUGAUAAUUUUGGGUGUUUUGAGCUAGUUUGGAGGGAAAAAGGUCAGAAAAGGCCUUUUUUCACUCUGAUUGCAAUUUGAUGGUUUUUCAGAGAUUUAGCUGUUAAAAUUUGAAUUUUCAAGCUUCAAGGGUAAUUUUGAAAUAUUCUAUUGAUUUUUCAGAAGUUGACUGUUAAGAGCUAUGUGAAGACUACUAAAAAAAAAAUAGAACAUGAGCUCAAAAAAAGGAAAAAAAAAGUUGAUCUUCUCGAGACCAAUAUUCAAGACAGCAUAUUUGUGAUUUCCGGAUCCCAUGACGAAUUUUCAAAUAUUUCCUCAAUUUCCUCGCGAAAAGGCCACGCCAAUCCAACUGGAACUACGUGCAAUAUAUUUUCCAAAAUCCUCCUUUUGCUCUUUUUCCGCCGCCGCUUCUCACGCGACGGGUUCGGUUUGAAAUUGAAAAUAGAAAACGCCCUUUCAAAGAAAGAGCAAAACAAGUCUCGAGAAGCUGAAAAAAGAAGGUUCUUCGAGGAUUAAAUCAACCGCCUUCGUGUUGCAUUUUUUUUUUUGGGAGGAGUUUUCUGGUUUUUGACCGAUUGCCUACUAACUUUUCAGGUUGACAAGGAACAAAAAAAUAGAAACUCCAGAACUGGAAAAAUUUGUCAUUGGAGCACAGAAGUUGCGCUUUAUUCAGCCUAAGUUUAAGAGUCGUGAAAAAUUAAGAGAAAAAAAAGAAAAAAACUCAAGAAUCUAUUUGAGAAAGACAAAAUUAUCAAUGGAGCGCAGAAGAUCCGUCUUUAUUAGCUUAUUUCUCAGCGAAUACAAAGAAGUUUGCGAAAUUGUCAUUGGAGCGCAGAAGCCGCGUUUUUUAAGCCAAAACUUCAUGAUAUACUUAAGAAUUGAAAAAAAAAAUCUUUUUGAGAUCACGUGCGAAAAAAUAAUCAAAGAAACACUGUUGAUGUGUUUUAGACAGCUGAAUUUUAAAAGAAUCGAGAAAGUUUUUCAAAACUAUUUCUCAUUAGAACUUAGAAUUUUUUUUAAAUUUUUUCUACUUUUCAACUACAGUAUGAUCAUUGAAAUUGAAACUGGAUUUUUUUUUCUUUUAAGCUUUUUAUAUGAAGCAAGAGAUGAUGUAGGAGAGCUGUCAGAAAAAUUUCCAGGUCUAGGAGGCUAUCCAAGUGUUUUUGACAGAAUUUUUUUUGGAUCUUUUCCAAGUGAGGAGGAGAAUUUUUGUGGAGUCCUGUUUAAUGUGAAAAAGUUUGAAAUGUAAAAUUUUUCAAAAUUUCGGAAGGGGGCGGGGAGAGUUCAAAGAAGUAGUAAGAACUUAACAGGCAUAGAAAAAAACAGUUUUUUAGGAAAUGUGCUUUUAAAUCCUGUUAUUGUUCUAAAUGGCAUACAUUUUUCAAAUAAUACUGUCAAUAAUAAAUGAGGCUGUUUUGAAAAAGCUCUAACCUAGCGAACUUCGCGCUAUUUUUCAACUUCAAUAAUUUUUCUAUGGCUAAAAUUUCAGUUUAAAAAAUGGUGACUACUGACCAGUGAAAGCUUGAGCAACUUGUAAAAAGUUAUAUAUUUUGCAGGAGUCGGCGGCUCGAAUUCAGCAGCUCGAGCAGCAGUCGUUCAUCAACGAGCAGCUGUUGACCACCGUUAUCGAGGAUAAGAAUUUGGGCGAGUCUUCGUUUUUUCUUUUCCCCCAAGCACCCGCUUUAUUCUCCGGCCAUCUUUCUAUUCAUCGCCUGAUUGGCGAACCUUGGACGACGUUUUGUGAGGGAGUCGAACAGCUGCACACCCUCGACUCGGUUUUAUUGACCAAUCUUGAUACUUGUCCAAGCAAGAUGGGAUUCUGGGGAUCUGAGGGGGACUGGGACAAAAAAAAUGAGGCCGGUUUAAAUGAAGAAAAGGACGAUGAAAUUGAAAUAAAUGGAAAAAAAUGGCUGAAAAUAUAGCCACAGAAGGUACUCAAGAACUUGCGCUCCAUGGAGAAUUUUCCCUGAACUUUGUGAGAAUUUGUGAGAGGGAGCUUAUAACUUUGAGGCUAGCUCUUUUUGACGGAUAAAAAUGAAACGUUUUCUAAAGAUUUUCUCUUGAAGCUCCAUUGUUUUCCUGCAUGAUGUAUACUAUAUUUGAAGGUAAAAUGAAAAAUGAAAAUUUGCGAUUUUCGGUCUUAUCUCCCGCUUACAAAAACUCAAGUAGCUUUUUAAGUUAUGACCUCACAGAAGAAAUGUUUUCCGUGCUAUAAAGGAGAACGAGAACGUUUCAUAUUGGUGGGAAAAAAAGUACAUAAAAAAAUUUUAAAAAAAUUGAAACUCUUCGAUUUCUUUUUUUACUCGGAAAAAAAUUGUUAAUGAAUUUUUUUAGCUUUCUUAUGAUCUUAAAGUUUUUUUACGGUUUUCAGAAUUGUCUUGAAACAAUUUGGAUAAUUUUUUUAAUAUACGGCCACGAGUUUUGAUCCUCAGAAACGUCAAAAAAUCGAAGGAAAAACUUGAUUUUCGGCCCUAAUCCUUUUUGUGUAUUUGUUCUUGCAAUUGAUCGAGUUGCGAUGUUUUGCGGAAGUUUGAUACUAUGUAGAGUUUGAGGUUUUUUGAUAUGAGAAAACAGAAAGCUUUCGUGACGAACUUUAAGAAAACUUUUUGUGAGGAAAUUUUGAUUUUUUAAAUUGUUUCACUUUAAAAAAACGCAUAUAUGAUUGAAAUAAGAAUGAUAAUCAAGCACUUAGCAAUACAGCUCAAAGAGUGCAGAAAAAUUAGUUGAUAAAAUAUCAACACGUUUUGAAGAGAGGUCAGAGAAAAUUAGUACAUUGUCUUCUCUGGUUCCUCUUCACGGAGUCUCUGAUCUCUCGUUCAAAACGUGAAAAAAUCUUUUUUUCGAAUAAAAAAAACAUAGUUCAAACCAAUUGGAUGAAAACUAGGAGAAAAACAAAAGAGAAAAAAAAGAAAAAAAAGAGAAGAUUGAAGGUGGUGUCGGAGUGCCAUCCAUCGGGUUGAUGGGAGGACCCGGAAAAUGGAGUGAGAAGCUCUCUAUUUUACCAUUUUUCCUGGCAAAAAAAUGGAGAAGAAAAUGUGAGGGUGUACUUUAUGCGAAAAGGGCAUGGAGAAAUGUGCUUUUCGCAUUUUUUGGAAGGAAAGAAAAUGAGAAGAAGAGGGACCUCACAAGGAAGUUAUUCCAUUUUUGGAUGUAGAUUUUGAAAAUAGGCUAGGAUGAAAAUCUUAUAGUCUGUUCAUAUUUUGGAUGUCAAGCCAUCGCUCAAACUCCGCCCAUAAUGACGCGAUAAACCAAUCACAAGGCGAGUCAUUUACAGAGCAUUUUUGAAGGACGUCAUUGUACUUAAGAUUCAAAAUCUGAACAGACAUUUCAAGCUAACUCAUUAUUGCUAAUGUUAGUUUUUUUUCCUGUUAUUUCAAAACCAGCUUCCAGAUUUUCAUAUCAAUCGAUAGGGAAUGACGUCAGAUGUUCAUAAACUCAGGUGGAAAAGUCCCUGACCUUCUACAAAAAAAUAUAUGAAUUUUUUUAAAAAAAUUACUAUUAUUCAUAUCUCGAUUUCUAGGAACAUAGGAACUCAGAGACCUAGUUUUUCCUGACCUCCGUGAUCUUCUCUAUCGAUUGAUACCAAUUUUGAGGGAAGUUGAGAAUCUUGAUCUCGAACCAGAUGUUUUGAACCAUUUCUCCUAUCCUAAUAGAGUUUAGAGGUAAAUAUCCUGACUCUUAAAAACUUGGGUUUGGCGAAAAUUCCAUCUAGGAGCCGAAAAAUCUACAACUGAAAAAAAAAACAGUUGAUUUUUUGGUAGUGAAAAUGAAUGAAAACCGUAGUUUAUCUCAAACCGAAACUUUCCUAUUCGAGCAAGAAAAUGGCUCUCCAAAACAAAAACAGCCAAUUCAUUUGGCUUUAACGAAGUUUGGCUCUGGAAAACAACAAAAAAGGACGUCUUCUCUUUUUUUUUUUUUGCCCCGCACUUUUCGUAAAUUUGGUGAGAAAGACAGGAGGAACGAAAAAUUGAAACGUAUCAAUCAUAAGCUCGGCGUGGGUGGUGGCCUUCAUGUCGAAAUAUGUGACCCGGGACUCGUCACAAAAAGACAAACAUUUGUUUUUUCGCUGAAGAAUCAGAAAACACUGGAAAGUUUUUUGAAAUACGUUUGAAAUGGCUUUACAAUCUGGGGUUACUAAAAAAGGUCUAGAUGUAACUUAAACCGCAGUGCGACCGCAACGCGUUGAGCCAUUCCAAAUGCGUCCAGAAUUUUUCGUAUUGUAAUUGACUGACUUAGAAUCGGUUCGCGAAAUAGAGAUCUUACGUUUUUCUAGACGAUGAAAGAAAACACAGAAAACGGCUUGAAACGAUGAUGUCUAAAGGUUUCUAAAGAAGCUGCAUCCGACCAGAAGUGGUUUUCGUGAAGGUGUAACUUGAACCGCAACGUGUUGAGCCAUUUCAAAUGCAACCUGUAGGUUUCAAUUUGUAAUUAAACAACUGAGAAACACUGUACAGAUUUCCAGACGACUGUACAAAGUUUUCUUCUAAAAACUUGAAUAAAACACAAAAAAAAAACUUGAAACGAUGUGCGAAUGCUCAAAAACUUGCGCCUGACCUGAAACGACUCACGCGAUGUUAUAACCCAAAACAAAACUCGCUGAGCAUUUCAAACGCUUUCAGAAGGUUCAAAGUCGUAGUAUGGUUGAGCAACUACAAAAUACUUCGUCAGAAGAGGAGAUUCAGACGUCUAUACAAAGUCUUCACCUAAGGUGACGGUGACUGGGCUAUAUAUCAAGGUUUCCAAAAACCUUCCUUAUGGGAAUUUUCAUCUGCAAUUGUAAUUUGUGACCUUCGGGCGGUUUUUGGUUUUCUCAUCUUUUGACUUCCUUCCUCUGCAAAAACCCAGCUUUUUCUGCAUAGUAAUUAGGAAAAAUGAACACGAGCUUCUUCUUCUUCUUCUUUUUUUCCAUUUUCAAUUGGAGAAUCUAAUUGGAAAGACUCGAGGGGUAAUGGUUGUUUUGGUGGAAAAGGCGAGGGAGUUCAUUUUGACUCGGGAAAUAUUCCCCAAGGACUGUUUUCUGAACGAAAGAGAAGAAGAACGGCGCAGGCGACCAAUCAUCUGGAGGCGUUCUCCUUUUUAUUUUUUUUUUCGGGUUUUCAGAGAGAAGAAUAUUGGGUCAAACUUUGGUUGGAAGGGAUCAAAUUUGCUCCAUUGAUAAGAAUUUUUUUCAACUGGUUUUGGAAAAAAAAACCGAUAUUGCUUGGGCGGUUAAUAAUAAUAAUUUAUUGACAGAUCAGCGUGAACCCUAACGAGUUCACUUGGAUCUAGAAUUUGAGAGAAUACAUUAUACAGUUAAACAUCAUUUGAGUCGUGGAGGAAUAGACAAGAAGAUCUCGUGCAAUGGUAGAUUGACCAGUAAAUUUUUUUAAAGACUUGGGGUGGUGGCUGAAUUGAAAUUUGGAAGUGAGUUUGUUCCAAGUAGGAAUUGUUUUAAAAGAAAAAAAUCAUUAGAAAACUGACCUUGAGAACGCAGUCGAAGUGGAUUUCGCCUUAAAUUGGACCUGAGGGCAAAAAAAGUUCGAACUGGGGAAAAAUGAUCGAUACCGAAGACAAUUUUUAUGAAGGGUCAGAAUGUCAGAUAUAGCUCGUCUGAGGUAAAAGUGGAGAGAUAUCAAAUUGUUCAAGGCGAUCAGAGUAAGAUUCAAAGGAUAAGUUGGACCUAAUAAAAAUUUUACGAGAAAAAAUUCUGAGAGGAGAUUCCAGUUUGUAGCAGAGAUCAGAAUUAAGGGGAGGGUUAAAAACUUCGGAGCAGUAUUCUAGAAUAGGCCUUACAUAGGUGUUAAAAAUUUUGAACAAUAGAUCAGGUGAUUUGGAACGAAAACAGUUGAGUAUCUGAUUGGAACGAAGAGUUGCUAAAGAAACGAUAUUGUUAAUGUGAGGAGCGAGAGUUAGUUUAUCAUCGAUAAGAACACCUAGAUCGCGGAUAAUGGUUUUUCUGGGAAUAGACAGACCAUUGAUUAAAUAAGUUGUUUUGGGAUUGAGGGGACCAAGGUUGAUAGCAAAAGUUUUGUGCGCAGCAAGAGGCAAGCCCCAAAUGGAAGACCAUUCAAAUAUGGAAUUAAUACUACGUUGGAGAGAUUCAGGGUUAGAACUGUAAAUUUUUUUAUAUCAUCAGCGAACAGAGAGAUUGAGGUUUCAUGGUCAAUGUAGUUAACAAUAUCAUUGAUGAAAAAUUAGAAAAAAAGCAAAGGACCAGAUACAGUUCCUUGAAGGACACCGGAAGUAUUGAGAUAAGUAAGAGAAGAACAGGGAUCCAUCGAUCAGAACAUUAGAAACACACUCAGAUAAGAAGUUUUUUUGUACCAUCGAACAACGUUUUUCGUCAAGACCAAAGUUCUUGAGCUUAUGAACAAGCAGAGAAUGAUUAACCUUAUCAAAAAGCCUUGGCAAAAGUCAAAAAUAAACAACAUCGACAAAUUUUUUUCGAGGCGAUAGAUUUUUUUGCCAAGAGGAGAGGCAAGAUAGAAGGUUAAGCUUGCAAGAUCGUUUGUUUAAAAAACCAAACUGAGAUUCAGAAAACAAUGAGGAGAAUCUCCGGCGAAUCAUAUCACAAAUAAUCCUUUCAAAGACCCGGGACAAAGGAUGUGUCAAGGAUAUAGGGCGGUAGUUUGACGGAUCUGAAGUUUUUUUCCACGUUUGAAAAAUAGGAAUUACCGUGGUAGAUUUCCAGGAGGGUGGAAUGAAACCGGAAUAAAAUGAUUCGUUAAACAGAAUGGACAGAGGAAUAGAAAUAGAUGUAGAGCACCUUUUUAAAACAAGUUGAUUGAUUAAGUCAGGCGAAAAAAACCGCAUUUGGGAGGUAAAGCUAUCAGAGUUUUAUAAAACAAGUUCAGGAGUGAACGAAAUAGAGCAGUUAGUGGCUUUCGGGGAAGGGAAAAAUGGGCAUCAAAUCGUAAACUUCAUCAGAAAAAAAUUUGUACUAAAAAAAUUUGAGCAAAAAAACAUCUGCUUUUGAGGAGCUUUCAGAAAUAAAGGGAAUUGUUGUAAGUAAUGUUGGGGAUGGAAGAACAACAUUUGAGUUUUUUGGAGAUAUAUUUGGAAAGUUGAACAUGGUUGAAAUUGUUAGCAAUGUAAGUUUCCUGUGCCAGGGAGAUGGAGGAGGCACAAGCUUUGAUUUUUUUAUACAGUAGAUUGAAUUGGAGGCGAGUAGAAUUAUUGAAAAGAUUAGCACAGAAUGAGACUGGCUCUUUUUAAUAUUUAGCCGGCGAAUACGAUUGUCAUGGUUGAAUGGGCGACGACUGAGGGGGAGUUAGAAAACUAGAACAGGAAUCACGAACAAUUUCAUUAAAAAAAUUUUUUUAAAAAAAUGAGAAAAAUUUACUCUCAACAGAGGAAAAAAAUAGCUGAACUGCCGAUCCCAGUUGAAAGAAGAAAUUAAGUCGUUAACUCUAGAAAAAAAUUACAUUUUUUUAAAUUGAGCUUUCGAACGGAUGAUGUGUGGUUAAUCGGAGAACAGACAGAAAUGGAAAAAUAGAAUGGAAAAAGUGAUCGGACCCUAAGAGUGGUUCAGAAACUGACAAAUCCGAAAAAAGAGAAGGGUUGGUUGUUAGAAGUAAGUCCAAAAUGUUAGCAGUGCUUGAAGUGCAACGAGUAGGAGAGUGAACUAAUUGAGUAAGGUUAGAAGUGAUAGUAAAAAUCGAGAAAGACUGAAGAAAGAGGGCAAGUCGAAGUCAGAGAAGACCAAUCAAUUUUUUUGGAAGGUUGAAAUCGCCAAUCAGAUGGUUAUUGAAAGGAAGUAAAAAAAUUUGGAUAAAUGUUUCAACAAGUUAAUAGUAUUAUUUUUUUGAAGUGGAAGGAGGACGGUAAGCUAAGAAAAAAACCUAGAUUUGGACGGUGAAUAAAAAAAUCAAAGGCAAGUACCUCACAGAAAUGUUCGGGAUAGUGACGAUCCAAGGCUAAAUCCACUUCUGCGAUUCCCAGGUGUUUUUUGAAGAAAAUGAUGAUUCCACCACCUCCACAACGAGAGGAGCUUGUAGGCCGAUCUACCCGUACGAAACUGUAAAAAGAAUUGUUAAAAAGAGAAUCAUGACAUGUUGAAUCAAGAAAUGUUUAAAAAAAUCAUCUGGAGGCUUACUUAUUCUUCAAAUCAAAAUUGAAGAAAUUUCGAAAAAUAGUAUUGGAAGAGAUCAAGUUCGCUCUGUUGAUAAAUACCUUUUUCAAAUGGAUCAAAAAAUAUAUGAAUUUAUCAACGAGAGAGCGUUAAAAUUCAAGAGAAACCAGAAAACAAGAAAUCUGCGUCUCUUCGGCCUCCACGCUCUCUCGCGUUGAAUGAGAUUUGCCUCCAAAGGGUUAAAUUUUCGAGGCUGGUUGAUUUCACAAGCGAGAGAGCGUUCAAAUUCAAGAGAUCUCAGAGAACAAGGACUCUACGUCUCUUCAGCUCCUUUGCUCUCUCGCUGAUAAUUUUUGUCAUCAUAAUUUUCGAGAAAUUCUUGCUGUUUUAAAGGAAUAAGAACAAAAGUCACAGUAGAAAAAAAGAAAAAUUUCAGGAUUGCUUGAAAUUUACUUUUUCAUUAUGAGAAUUUGACAAAGGAUAUGAAUAUGAAGGGUUUUGUAAAAUUUGCCGUUUUAGGACAUAAUUUGAUUUUUUUUUGUUAUGGGCGUUGAGAACUGCCUCUUAUUGACGAUUUUCGAGAAAAAAAAAGGACCUCCAGACUAGUGAUAAUUGUCGGAAUUUUCAGCCCAAGACAUCGAAGGACUGAUCCUUUCGUCGGAUUCCCUCCGUAGAAAGAGUAGAUCCCCGUCACAGUCGUCGGCUCGUGGUGGAAGCGUCUCUCCCAGUCUUAUUGGUAUAUUUAAUUAUAAAAAAAUAAGGAAAAAAACUUUUUUUGAAAACGGAUUUAUUUGAUAGAAAAAGGAAUAUAUUUGAAUAAUAAUGAUAGUUAUUCACAGCCGUUUUUUUAACACCAGAACAUGUAAGAUAAGGAUUAAUAAAUUAUGGCCGGGAGAAUAAAUAUUUACUCGGGAGAAAAAAAUAAUUUAGAUAUUCAAUUGAACAGUUCCCAAAAAAAUAAAUUGAAAAAUUCGAGAUUUUUCCAUUUUGGAAGAGAAGAACCUCUGACAGUUCUUCCUGAAUACAAACUUAAAAAAAGAAGCACGCGUCUUGUAAAAUUGAUAAUCUACCUAUUUUUCGCAAGAAUUUCUGAAAAAGUAGUGAAAUAAAAAAAUAUACUGUUAGAAUAAGGUUUAUUUUUUUCAAUGUACUUGAUCAACUACAACUUUUUUUGAAGCAUUAUCAGGAUUUAUAACUUCUUUUGAUAUGAAAUUCAGAUUCCUGCGCCUUCAAAUAUCUCAGAAAAAGUGAACAAGCUUCAGGAAUUUAUACGAGAAAAAAAGCAACUUUAAAAAAAUUUUUUUAAAACUAGUUUUCAACCCGAAAAACCGGGUUCUUCAAAAAAAUCGACUUCAAAAUGUUUUUUUGUUUUUUUGAAUUUGUAUUCAGAAAAAAAGAAAAUUAUUCAGAAGAAGCUCAACAACUGCACACCUACAAAGUGCGGCGGCACACGGCCACUGCAGAUGAACUUCUUUACCCGCAAGAAAUCGUCGAAACGCCACAAUCAACUGAUGACGUCGCUGAUUCGACACUUAGCGCCGAGGAGAAGAAGAAACGGAAAUUGUAAGGAUUUUUUCUGAUUUUUACAGAUACAAUGCUUUGAAAAGGGCAAUUUUUCAAACCUGAAAGUCAUGAUUUUCAUGUUUCCUUUUAUGUUCCGCUCACACAGCUGGUAGUGAACAAGGGGAUGUAUUUUUUUGUUGCUUCAAAAUAAGGAGGCGUGGCCCUCCAAUCAGGAGCUUUGUCCGUUGGAGCGCACUUGCAGGCUGGGGAAAAAAAAUUUUUUUUUAAUCUCAAAAGCGGAAUUUUUUGAAACCUGGCUCAAAUUGGACACGUUUUGUUUUUUUCCUUUGUUUCUCAAUAAAUAAAAAAUAUUGAGUUAUCAAUCGUUUCAGAACUUUUUUAAAGGCGCAAAACGCGGCUUAACUUUGAAGAACCAGAAAAAAAUUCUACUCUGUCAAAAGUUUUUUGAAAUACGCUGCUUAUAGCUCAAUGAUCAGAAAAAGUUAUCGAAAAUUCGACUUUUGACGCAGAUUUUUUGUCAAAAAAAUCUUCUACUAUAUGGAUACGAAAGUCCAAGAAUCAAUGAGAAAGAUUAAUUUCAAUUUUAGGUUUCAAAAAGCAUAGGUUAAAUUUUCGACCAAAAAAAGAAUAUCUUCCUGUUCACUACCUUACAGAAUAACCAAUAUAAAUGAUAUAUUUUUCCUGUAUUUUUCUGUUGUUUUUUGUUUGCAUGUCCAAUCGUCACAUGUGGUAGUUGCCCUUGUCACAAAACACUUUCAAAAAAAAAGUCACAAGCACGCUCGUCUUCAUGGUUAACUUGUCGUAGUAGUGAAGCUCCGGCCUCUCGGCCCCUUUUUCAGUCUGCUCACGUCGAAGCCGUCGACCUCAGCUUCCACCUCCAAAACGCUGGAGUUCUGCCAAGCUCCUCCUCCUCCUACACAACCAACGCAAGCUUUUGUGAGAAAUACGAAGCUACGCAGUACGGUCGCCGGUCUGCCGCCGAAAAGACCGACUCCGAAUGUAGUGACGCCGGCGAGGAGAGGGUGAGACCAAAGUGAAGUUGGAAGGCGGUGAAAAAAUUGAUUGGAUGCUUUUGGUCGCACUGAGAAUGGAUCAGAUGUUUCCGGUUCAAAAAAAAAACUUUUGUGACGUUAAAACUUGAAACUUCAAGAAAAUGUCAAUAAAAGUUAGAUAGAGGCUUUUCAUGAUUUUUCGAUAUUUUCUGAUUGCUUGAAAUAAAGAAAAGUGUCUCAAAUUGAGCUUUUCGGGUGGAUGACUUCGAGAAUGAUUUUUUGCGAACUCCAAGAUCUUCGGAUAACAGCAUUUGAUAAUACUUGACUGGGAGGCUCUUUACGGCACCCUUGCAAUUUUCUUUUCUGAUUUGGUAGACCGAUUCGGAAUCAGAAUGUCUCAAAGUACCGCAGAGCGCAAAAUUAAGUCCUCAAUCUGGAAAUUUCAAAACAACAAAAAAUCUUGAACCAUCAAUGAAUGAUAGCCACAGAUUAAAUGACAAAAAUCAAAGUUUCGGAACCUUUUUUUAAAGUUUGAUCUAUGAACCGCGUCUUGUGUCAAAUCUUUUUAAGCUUUUUUCACUGCCUUCUGAAUUUUUUUAACGCUGUCGUCGUAGUGGUGAUGGUAAAUCGUGAUUCAGAGGCCUGUCGCGACUUCUCUCCACGUCGCGACUCCCGGCGGUCAGCGAAGACGCGACAAAUUCGCAGCUUUUGUCUGCGUCGUGGUCGUCGCGACCGACCUCGCUGGCCUUGUCGUCGUCGUCGACGUCAACCGCGACGCCGUCCUCGUCGCCCUCGUCGUCCCAGUCGCGCGACGCCAACGGAAACCCGGCCAAGUCGGUAUUCGCGCGUAUUUCGCCGUCUUGGGACAGCGACACUAGCGCCGCUUUGAUUAUGAAUCGGUUCGAAAACGUUUUUGAAUCUUGUCAAUUUUAUUAUUUCGUGUGUUUUUUCUCCUAUCCUUGGUUUGAUUUUGUGAAAAGCUUUCACUAACGUGCUGUGAGAAGAUUAAUUUUUUCUAGUUGGCUUGGAUGGUGUGGCCUUUUAUUGCUUGGUGUGUGCUUCUUUUAACUAUCUUUGAGUUGUGGAUUUUGAAAAAAAAAGGUCUAUUUUGGCUGAAUUUCUAUCACCGCCAUGCCGAUCAUGCGGGGAAAAAAUUUAAAAAAAAAUCAAAAAAAUUUUGUUUUCCUUGAAAUGGUGGUUUUCAUACAAUUUAAUAGCUGAGUAUAUUUUUGAAAGGGAAAUUACAACAGUUAGUCCUUCCUCAAGAAGUUUCAUGACGUCUGGUACCUUUUACCAUUUUUGUAAGGUUGUAUGAUUGAAAUUUUAUUAUUGACUUUUUCGAGGUUGUUUUCGAUGAUUUGACAAUUUUUGGCGUCUCUUCAAGGGAUCUUUGAGGGAGUUGCUGUGAUUUUCAUUUAUUUUUCUUUACCGUCUAUUGCCUUUUUUUCUUUUCAGGAAGCAAAGUCGAAUAGUCGCUGUCAAGAACGGAAUGAGUGGACGAAUUAUCAGUCGGACGCACACUUUGGAAGGACAUUCCAAGGGAGUUUUAUCCGUCGCGUCGGCUGGAAAAUAUCUGGUCACUGGCUCGAAAGGUGGCUUUCUUUUUUAUUAUGAUAGUCUGGUCAGAUUUUGAAUGUCAACUCAACGCUCAAACUCCGCCCCUAAUGCGUAGAUCAAACCAAUCAGAGAGCGAGCCCUCCACAGUGCAUCGUUGAGGGGGAGCAGAGUUGCUGCUUGACAUUCAAAAUCUGAACAGGCUAUAGAUGUAAAUCGAUUUGAAACAUAGUCCGUCGGCCGCGACUAGACAGUUUUCGCGUGUCUGCGUCUCUAUGUUCCCUCACCGACGAGUUCAGAGAAAUAUGGAAAUAGCACGCAAACAUGAGAUAGACGUCGAGGGAUAUGGAGGGCGCAGAGAAGCCGCAAAAAAAUAUUAUCAGCGAGAACCUAAAAGAAAAAUACCUGAAAUUUUGUUCGAAAAAGUUGCCCUGAAAAGGAUGUUUAUUUCUGUUUGCGGUUGGGAUUUUCUUAAAAAAAUUGGCCAGAAAAGUAAUUUAUAUACCACAAAGUCUCAACCUACACACGCUCCUAGUUUUUGAGAAACUACAAUGCUAAGUAUUUGUAACUCAUUAUAUUCCAAUACUACGAAACGAUCACAUAGCUUAUGGCUGUUUGCCCUUUUGGUCUGAACUUGAAAUUCGGCGUGUACGUGAUCUAUCAGAUCGCGUGAGCCGAUCUCACGAGCUCUGCGUAGUGAGACUCAUUUCCAGCUGUUCGAAGCUCUUCGGUCGACGCUACUGAUCAUCAGAUCGGUCGGGGUCUUGUCGGAGUUAGACAGAAAUUUCGAACCAGAAAUCGGAUCCAACAUGAGGUCUGAGGUCUGAGGCCCUGUGCUACACAACCCACAGGAACCGCGCUUAACCCACCGGAGAAAGAAAUCCGUAAAUUAAGCGAAAGUGGAUCCAUGAAAGAACCAAGAUCCAGUGUCCCACUGACCAUCACAGUCACUACCUGGACCAGGGCAACAAGAAAUUGUUGAUCCCAUAUAGGGUCAUUGCUGGAACUUCAAUGAAAAUUUCGACGAGAUCCGGGCCCUCGAGAACGAAUCAGGCAGUUUUUGAGAAAGGACACCGUUGAGUAUGUGUAACUCAAAUAAGAGAUCGCGCGGAAGGUUAGACCAAGGAAAUACUAUGAAGAAGUCUGAUUAAAAGAAGAGGCAAAAAGGUCUGACCAGUUUCAAGCAACGAAUCGACACACUCCGACCUCGCCUCCGCGACGGGAGGCCAUCCCACCGACGUCCGACGUCCUACCUCGACGACUGAUCCAAUGAAGAACUCUUAGUUCUAGAACCGUUACCGUAUGCACGAACACGAAAAGUGGCGAUCAGGAUGAGAGGAGCGGAUCAGUCGUCGGGGAACGACGUCGGUAGGAUGACGUCUCGUCGGAGAACGCGAGGUCGGAGGGAGUGUGUCGAGUCGUUGCUUAACAUUCUGAAGAAUCAGACCCCUUUUAUACUAUUUUCUGGGUCUAAUCUUCCACGCGAUCUCUUUUUAUUCAAUGAGUUACACAUACUUAACGACAUCUAACGUAAAAGUCAAAGAAAAUUCUUAAAAUCCGUAGAAAUAUUUUAUUUUUGGAAUGUGAAUCCUCAUUUCUUGAGAACUAGAUAGUUUUGCAGAUUGAGACUUUUAGAAUUUCUUAUUGGUUGGUCAAGGAGUAUUCUUGUCAUUUCUCAGGAAGUUUCCAAACGUAAAGUAAAAUGACCUUUAUUAAAUAGUUAAGCAACUAUUUUUUUUAUUGUCUUUCCUAGAAUUAUGUGCUCCUAUCUUUCCUUCCGUUGUCUUCAAAAUCAUUCAUAACUUUGUCCUAUUUUCUAGAUCGAACAGCGAAAUUGUGGGAUCUGGAAAAGGGCCAGGAAAUCCGGACCCUUGGCGUUCAUCCCAACAAUGUUCAUCUGGUGCGAUUCGUGCCGAAAAGCCACUUUGUUCUUACCAUUUCUAUGUAUCAGGUUUGAAAACUGAUUUAAAAUUCAUAGGAAAAACUAUUUUUAGGUCCGCGUUUGGGACUAUCGAACCCCUGAAUGUGUCUGUGUGAAGGUUCUGAACUCCAGCGGCCAGACGAAUGAUGGUUUGUCAAUAAUAUUCUAGAUUUUUUGAUUAUCACGGCAUUAUUGUUAGUGGAAGAAAAUGCAAAACAAAAAAUGAAGGGGCGUGGUCAAAACCUCCGCCGUUCCCAUGUGACGUCCUGAGAAACAGGCUUAAACAAGAGGGAAUAUUAAAGGCGCAUGCUCAAUGGGUCAUGAGACGAGUUUCGGAAAUUCAGAGACGAUUAUGAAUUUCGCGAAAAUUAGAUCGAAAACGGCAUGUGAGAGAGAGCCGCAGUGCAUGCACACGACACACUACACUUUACGGAAAAAUAUAGGCGGGGCGUCGUCAAAAAAACGCCGUGUUAUCGAUCUUUGGGAAAUAUUCUUGUUUAUAACACUUUUACUGUUUUUCUAAUUUUAGAAGAACUAAUUUUUUGGAUCUUAAGUAAUUCUUUCAAGGAAAUUUACUCACCUAGCUAUGUAACUCAAAUAAUUUCUCGGAAUUCAAUUGGUUUUUUUUUAAAUUUUUCACGUACUAACGAUAUAUUAAGCCGUUGGCUCAUCAAAAAAAAAAAAUUAAAAAUGAAUUAUUUUCAAAAGAAAGUUAGUGGAACGAUUGGCGUAAGAAUGGUUUAGAAUCAGAGAUGAUGAGGCCAGAAAUAUUAAAACGAAAAAAAGAAUCAGUCUGUAUCAGAAUUGGACGGUUGUAAAGUUUAUGAAUGAGCUGUUUUUAAAAUUCAGUGGUUUUCGACCGAAAAUUUUCAAACUCUCUUUUUCCCGCUUUUUUUUUAGUCAUUUUCGAAAUAACACAGAGAGAAAAAAGCAACGAAGAUAGGAUUUUUCAGUUGAAUCUGGCACUCUUAAAACGAGAAUUCAUUUUUUUUUUGCAUCAAAAUUACUUUAAACUUGAAAUCAAAUGUUUUUAGAAGACACGGCGCCGCCAACCCCGCGCCAGAAUACGAUUCCAUUCCUGGAGACGAUGAUCUCGGCGGCCGACGUCGAACCAACCGGACGUCUUCUCUUCACCUCGUUCUCCGGCGACGUCCGCAUCUGGAACCUCGACCGAUGGGCCUCGUUCGGACGCCUCACGUCCGCCACGCACAGCCCAAAAUCUGAAGUUUCCUGCCUCUCGACAACUAUCAACUCGGCAGGGAAUAUCGUCGCCUACACCGGAUCCCGGGAUCAUUAUGUCAAGACCUACGAAGUCACGUCUCUAGGAGGUUGGUCUUGUGAGAAAAAAAGGAGGGUUUUGAAAAAUUCGAACUGGAAUAUAAACUUUUAAAUUUUUUUAUUAUUGUUUUCCGUAACGCAAAAAAAGUAGGAAAAAUGUCACGAGGUCUAAAAAAAGCCUAAAAAAAUAGUGCGUUUAUUCUCGAAAAUGUGGCAAAAUCCCGAAUUUUUUUAAUUUCAAAAAAAUACAGGAUUUUUUUUCUUUUUUUUGGUGUUUUUUUCCAUCCCCAUCUCUCUUUGAAAAUUGAAAAAGAAGGUGAAACUUUUGAAUUUCAAUACCGCGUGUUUUGUCAGCCAAGCACAUUUGAUUAUUGUAAGACGACUCAAAAUUUCGAGAUAAGCUUUUUCAGCGCGGCUGGCUGGUUUAGGCUCGAAAUUUUAAUUUUUGAAGUUGUAAUUGUAGAAAAAAACUUGAUUUCUAGCGAAACUAUAAAAAUUUAGCUUUUCCAUUGGUUUUUCUUCAGGAGAAGGCGUCUAUGACGCUUCUGUGGAGUACAACCCGCCGCACUAUGACAACGUUACGUGUGUCCAUCCGAUGGGCGGACAUUUGUUCACGGCUUCGAAGGAUUUGGUAAGCUGAUCGGAUGAAAAUAAGAGAUGAGAUUUCUGCACUCUGUGGCUAAUUUUUCAACUUGUGGAUUCCCGGACUUCGGUUGCACAAUCAAACCGGGCGUUCCUGAGCGUUUCUAGCAACCAGUUAAUGACGCCGCUAAAGGGGCUAUAGAAAUGCUCAGAAGCGUCCGAGUUGAGUCUGUGUUGGAGAUCUAAGUUGAAAUUUUCCGGAGCUAUUUUUUUUUCUAGAAAAAUCCGAUUCUUUCCGAAAUUAAAUUAUUCAAGGCCUUUUUUUGGCAACCAUUUUUCACGACUUUCAUAUAAUUCAAGUCAAACUUUCAUAAUAUUCAACUUUAUCUCAUUUCAGAACAUCAUGAAAUUCUCCCUGGUCGACAACAAACGCGAUCAUUUGGAACUGCGGGCUCAUCAGCAGUACAUUCAGUCCUUGGCCUCAUUUGGGGUAACUUUUUUCUGGCUCUUUUUCGCCUCGACUUUAACUCAAGGUUAGGUUGGUGUAGUGGAAGACUUUGUUUCAUUGCGUACUCUGUUCAGACGAGAAUAGGAUAAAUAAAGAUCGAGAGAAAAACCCAACUUAUCCACUACAUCUGCCAAUUUACAGAAGUUGCUCCGUCUCUGAAGCUAAGAAGAAUGUUACACGAACACCAAAAAAAAAAAUUUUUCUUACAGUCAAAUUUUGAACUUUUUCCUGAAAAAUCUAUGUCUUGGUUUUUUUCACUUGAAUUUUGACAGAAACUAUGACUUAACCAGUGAGAUUUUUCAGUUGGGAUGCUGGCCUGGCUGAAACUUUGUAUAAAAUUAAGCCAAAAGCUUGGGCCAGGCCGCCCAAUCUGAAGCACAAUCCUGGGCAAUGAAGAGUAUCGAAUAUAUCAUCGUGUACAACUAUAUUUUUCAGCCCAAAGGAAAUGAAUACUUGGUAUCGGCUUGCAAGGAAGGAACGAUGAAGUUUUGGGACGUCGCCUCGUCCCAAAGGAUGAGACUUGUUGAAGACGUGGGUUUUGAAGAGAAAUUAAAGAGACAUGUCUCGAAAAUUGGUGCUAGUUAUCUUAAGUUUUUUUUUUUUUGAAAUAACUUGAGAUACUAAUUUUAUGCUAAUUUAUAAUAUUUUACCCUUGAAACAGAAAAAAAAAUGGAUUGAAAAAGCUGAAAAUGACGUAAAUUGAAGUAAAUUUGACCCGAAGGAUUUUUUCGAUUCUUGGUUCGAAAUAGGUUGUUUAGAACGUUUUUCUUUGGAAUUAACACUUAAAAUUGGAAAAUACGAAUGAAAUCAUUGAAUUUCAGUACCCGAAAGCUCAUUCGGAUUCGAUCAACGAAAUUUGCUCGACGCCUUCGAUGCUUUUCACUGCUUCUGGGUUUGUUUGAUGAUUUUUUUGGUCCUUAAAAUUUUCAGGUUAGGUAUUUUUGUUCAUAAUUAAUAAAUUUGUGAAAGGGAUCGCGUUAAAUCACUUUUUCUUGGUUCAAAAAUGAAGGAAAAAAAUUGAACUGCGACAAAGAAUGAGAUUUUUUUACUGGGUAAAGGAUGCUCUACGGAUAAUCAACAAAUUUCGAUUAAAAAAAUGUUUUUCGCAAAAAAACUAUUUUUUUCAGAGACGGAACCGUUGGAUUCUGGAAGUCGAACAUUGUCGAUAAUUUAUAA